GACUCGUAUCUGCAACUCAGUGCCCUAUCAUCUCUGAACCACUGUAUUAUAGCAUUCAACCAACGAUGGCCGAAUACUCAAAACCCAAGAUGACCUACGUGAAGCUGGGUAAUUCUGGCCUCAAGGUGUCCAAGAUCAUCCUCGGAUGCAUGUCUUACGGUUCACCAAAGUGGUCGGAAUGGGUCCUCGAUGAGGAGGAGUCGUUCAAGCAUAUCAAGGCUGCUUGGGAGGCUGGAAUCAACACUUUCGAUACAGCCGACGUCUAUUCCAACGGACUGUCUGAGAUCAUCCUUGGAAAUGCUAUCAAGAAGUUGAACAUACCCAGGGAGGAGAUCGUGGUUCUCAGCAAGGUUUUCUUCACAGUCGCGAAGAAACCCGAAGAGUACUGUUUGUUCGGGGAAGGAGCAGACAACACUGGAUAUGUCAAUCAAUGGGGGCUCAGUCGGAAGCAUAUAUUCGACGGCGUGAAGAACAGCCUGAAGCGACUUCAGCUCGAUUACAUCGACGUCUUGCAAUGUCACCGAUUCGAUUAUGAUACGCCCAUCGAGGAGACGAUGCAAGCCCUUCACGACGUCGUCAAGGCUGGAUAUGUGCGCUACAUUGGGAUGUCUUCGUGUCAUGCCCAUCAAUUCCAAGCCAUGCAAAACUAUGCAAUCAACAACAACCUCACGCCGUUCAUUUCAAUGCAGAACCACUACAACUUGCUUUAUCGCGAAGAGGAGAGGGAGAUGUUCCCCGCUCUGAAGGGCUCCGGCGUUGGAGCUAUCCCGUGGUCUCCUCUCGCUCGUGGACUGCUUACCCGCCCUUUGAACGUCGAAACGCACCGCUCAGGCACGGACCUGUUCAAAGGUUACAAAGUGGAAGGAGGGGGAGAGAAGAUCAUUUCGAGUGUCGAGUCGAUUGCGAAGAAACGCGGUGUCAGCAUGGCGCAGGUGGCGCUUGCUUGGGUUAUGUCCAAGCCAGGGGUCAGUGCUCCCAUUGUUGGCACGACUUCAGUCGACAAAUUGUAUGAUCUUCUCAAGGCCAUCGACUUGAAGUUGACAGAAGACGAGAUCAAGGAAUUGGAAGGUCCUUACGAGGCUCAAGGCAUCUUCGGACACUGGUAA